CAGUUGGAGCUCAGUUGAAGGGUCAGGACAGCUGAGGGAGUGGGCCGUCCCAGGGUUCAGCUGGUGUGGGUGAAGAGUAGAGUGACUGUGUCUCUGAAUCCUCUCUCCAAGCAAGAAACUUAAACUCUGCUGCAAAGAAGAUCCACUUUUGUUUAAUUCAAAGCCCCUGAAAGGCUCCUAGACGCCCCCUGCCAGGACAAUGGCUCUGCCGAUAAACCCCAUGGAUGAACCAAGGAUGUACCAGCAGACGUUGCUCCAGGACGGCCUGUUCGACCUGCUGGAGAAUGAAAAGCUGGUUGACUGUGUGCUGAAGAUCAAAGACAAGGAGUUCCCCUGCCACCGGCUGGUCCUGUGCGCCUGCAGCUCGUACUUCCGUUCCAUCUUCCUGUCUGACAUGGAGGAGAGCAAAAAGAGAGAGAUCGUCCUGGAGGAUGUGGAGCCGGGUGUCAUGGGGCUGGUCCUCAAGUACCUGUACACGUCCAAAAUCAAUGUGACAGAGCAGAACGUCCAGGACAUCUUUGCAGUGGCUAAUUUGUACCAGAUCCCUUCGAUUUUUACCGUAUGUGUGUCUUUCCUACAAAAGCGCCUGAGCCUGAGCAACUGUCUGGCUAUCUUCAGGCUCGGCCUGAUGCUGGACUGUCCCAGGUUGGCCAUCUCUGCUCGAAACUUCGCCUGCGAACGCUUCCAGCUCAUCUCCAGAGACGAGGAGUUCCUGCAGCUGCUACCCAGCGAGCUGGCAGCCAUUUUAGCAAACGACAAUCUGAACGUAGAAACAGAGGAGAUGGUGUUCGAGGCUUUGAUGAAAUGGGUGUCUCAGGACACUCAGAGCAGAGAGAAAGAUCUGCCAGGUUUGCUGGAUUGCGUUCGUUUGCGUCUGGUCAGCGAGGACUACCUGAAGGAAAAGGUGGAGAAACACAAACUGAUUGCCUUUAAUCCUGAGCUGCAGGAGAAACUACAGCUGGUUAGGGAUGCUCUCAGUGGGAAAAUGCCCGAGGUUAAAAAAAGCAAAAGCAAGAAGGAGGACGGUGGAGCAGAGGAAGAUGGAGAGAAUGAGGAUAAUGCAGAAGAAGAAGGUCUGCUCCCGGGCAUCCUGAACGAUAACCUGCGAUACGGCAUGUUUGUCAGGAACUUGAUACUGAUGGUGAAUGACGCAGGUGCCGUGGCCUACGAUCCGACGGGGAAUGACUGCUUCGUAGCAUCACUUUCCACACAGGUUCCCAAGAACCACGUCAGCCUGGUCACCAAGGAGAACCAGAUCUUUGUGGCAGGAGGGUUAUUCUAUGAUGAACAGAACAAAGACGAUCCACUGUGCUCUUAUUUCCUGCAGUAUGACCCGACCACUGCUGAUUGGCUGGGGAUGCCUCCCCUCCCGUCUCCCCGCUUCCUGUUUGGGUUGGCUGAGGCUGAGAACUCCAUCUUUGUUUUGGGAGGGAAGGAACUGAAGGAUCAGGAACAAACGCUGGACUCAGUUUUGGUCUAUGACAGACACUCUUUCAAAUGGGGCGAAUCAGAGCCACUUCCUUACCCGGUGUAUGGACACGCAACGAUAUCCCACAAUGAUGUUGUUUACGUGAUUGGAGGAAAGGGAGAAAACAAGAGCUGCCUGAAGAAGAUGUGUGCAUAUGAUGCCAAGAGAUUUGAAUGGAAGGAGCUUGCACCCAUGAAGGUUGCACGUUCUUUAUCCGGAGCCACCGUUCAUAAGGACAAGAUAUAUGUGGCGGCAGGAGUCACCGACAAUGGGCUGACAGACUCUGUGGAGGUGUACGACAUCGCUACAAACAAGUGGUCAGACUUUGUAGCUUUUCCCCAUGAGCGUAGCUCUCUGAACCUGGUGUCUUUGGCUGGCUUGCUGUACGCUGUGGGAGGUUUUGCCAUGAUGCCUUUGGAGGACAGUGAUGAAACUGUUCCCAAAGAGAUGAAUGACAUCUGGAGGUUUGAUGACACAGAGAAUAAGUGGACGGGGAUCCUCAGAGAGAUCCAGUACGCUUCAGGGGCCACUAUUCUGGGGGUCCGCCUCAACACGCUGCGUCUCACCAAGAUGUAAAACCCCCCUCCAGUCCCUGCUUGUAAACAGAAAUCUGCGCACAGUGACAUCUCACAUUAGUAGAGACGUUAAGAUUCUGCUAAAUGUGAUGUUCAGUUUGUUUUAUUUUAGACUAUAGCAGUUCUAAUUAUGUGACUAAUUGUACUUCUGGCUUAUUAUGAUGCACACUUUUUGUUUUUUGAUUGGAGACAUUUUUAUAUAUGUGUGUUUCAGUGAUUUUAAACUGACUGAGAUUGUACACUAUAAGCAAUCUGCAGCUUAUUGACAUUUUUUGCACUGUAAUGGAAUAAAAUUUAAGUAUUUAACGCCAAAAUCUG